UGGGUACUCAGAGGCUGCCGGCCCAGAGGCCGCGAGAGGCUUCGUCGCCCCUGCAGCUCCGGGGGCGCCCAGGGGAGCGCGCGCGGAAGCUCCCGGCCGGGCAGGACCCCGGCUGCAGCGAGGAGGAAGGAGCCAGCCUAGCACUUCUGCGCCUGUAGCCGCGGUGGUGUCCUGGAGGCCUCACAGUGGGACAAGUGGGGGACCUGAAGGCCGGUGCGCCACCUCCAGGCCUGGACGAGCCCUCCGUCUUCUGCCCUGCAAAGGCGCUCCAGACCUCCAGGCACUGGAUGAAUUCAGCUGCGCCUGCGUCGCCUUCCGGAACCACCAAAAAUUCAAAUCAGGAUUUUCCGGAGUCAACAGGAGCCUAGAGUCUUUUGCUCAAUGUCGGAUUUAAUUCGUAUAUAUUUUUAAGCGAUUUGGUUUUUUCCCCUUGACUUUUGAUCUUCGAGACAGCGCCUUUCACGGACAUUAUUGUUGCCGUCGUUUUCUCUCCCUGCGUGGCUCCUUGACCUGCGAAGGAGAGGCAGGACCCCGAAGCCGGGAGCUCGCCGGGGCGAUGUACCAGAGCCUGGCCAUGGCCGCCAACCACGGGCCGCCCCCCGGGGCCUACGAGGCGGGCGGCCCCGGCGCCUUCAUGCACAGCGCGGGCGCCGCGUCCUCGCCCGUCUACGUGCCCACGCCGCGGGUGCCGUCCUCCGUGCUGGGCCUGUCCUACCUCCAGGGUGGAGGCGCGGGCGCAGGGUCGGGCGGCGCCACGGGCGGCGGCUCGGGGGCGGCCCCGUCGGGUGCAGGGCCGGGGACCCAGCAGAGCAGCCCCGGCUGGAGCCAGGCCGGAGCCGAUGGAGCCGCCUACACCCCGCCGCCGGUGUCGCCGCGCUUCUCCUUCCCGGGGACCACCGGGUCCCUGGCUGCUGCCGCCGCCGCUGCCGCGGCCCGGGAAGCUGCGGCCUACAGCAGUGGCGGUGCCGCGGCGGGCGCGGGCCUGGCGGGCCGCGAGCAGUAUGGGCGCGCAGGCUUCGCGGGCUCCUACUCCAGCCCCUACCCAGCCUACAUGGCCGACGUGGGCGCGUCCUGGGCCGCUGCAGCCGCCGCCUCCGCCGGCCCCUUCGACAGCCCUGUCUUGCACAGCCUGCCCGGCCGGGCCAACCCCGCCGCCCGACACCCCAAUCUUGAUAUGUUUGACGACUUCUCAGAAGGCAGAGAGUGUGUCAACUGUGGGGCUAUGUCCACUCCGCUCUGGAGGCGAGACGGGACGGGUCACUAUCUGUGCAACGCCUGCGGCCUUUACCACAAGAUGAACGGCAUCAACCGGCCGCUCAUCAAGCCCCAGCGCCGGCUGUCUGCCUCCCGCCGAGUGGGCCUCUCCUGCGCCAACUGCCAGACCACCACCACCACGCUGUGGCGCCGCAACGCGGAGGGCGAGCCUGUGUGCAACGCCUGCGGCCUCUACAUGAAGCUCCACGGGGUCCCCAGGCCUCUUGCAAUGCGGAAAGAGGGGAUUCAAACCAGAAAACGGAAGCCAAAGAACCUGAAUAAAUCUAAGACACCAUCAGGUCCUUCCGGCAGUGAGAGCCUUCCUCCCACCAGUGGCGCUUCCAGCAACUCCAGCAGUGCCACCACCAGCAGCAGCGAGGAGAUGCGCCCCAUCAAGACAGAGCCCGGCCUGUCCUCUCACUACGGACACAGCAGCUCCGUGUCCCAGACCUUCUCAGUCAGCUCAAUGUCUGGCCACGGGCCCUCCAUCCACCCAGUUCUGUCGGCCCUGAAGCUCUCUCCACAAGGCUAUGCAUCUCCCGUCAGCCAGUCUCCGCAGACCAGUUCCAAGCAGGACUCUUGGAACAGCCUGGUCUUGGCCGACAGUCACGGGGACAUAAUCACUGCAUAAUCUCCCCUCUUCCCUCAAAUUCCUGCUCGGACCUGGGACUUGGAGGACAGUGGAGACGGAGGUCCUGGGCUCCCAGGGGCCGACCUCCUCGCCUGAGGACGACUCCAGAACAACUGGGAAGAAACUUGAAAUUGACCAUCUGGUUGGGGAAGCGGGUGUUGGAUUUUCUCGGAUGCCUUUUCAUGGUUGGGGGACUGGAGGGAGCCCAGCCUCAGCACGAGCACACUGCAUCUCUCUGUGACUUGGAGACUUCUUUCCCAAGAUGUCCUUGUGCCCUACGUUCACCGCUGUGGCCUAGACGGUGGGUUUUCCAUUGUGUUCCCAGCACCGGGAUUUGAGAACGGGCGGAGGCCAGGCCCUGGGACCCCUGCCCCAGCCCGAAUGACGGCAUCUGCUUGCCCCAUACCUGGAUGCGAUGGGCCUCUAGGGAGCCGCCCUUGCUCCAUCCACUCAAGGCAUGGCACCACCCUGCAUCCCCAAUUCCAGAUCUGACUCCAAAACUGUGGGGCGUGACACAGAAGUGACUGAACACUUCCUGGGGAGCUCGAGGGGUACUUCACCCACCCAGAGCGCAGCCUCGUCACACGCAGCUGGCAGCUCUCCCCCAGGUGCCUGCCCGUGCUGCGGGCCUUUGCGCCUUCACUUCCAGCAUCUCUCAAAAUAAAAACCCCUCCUCCUGCUCUGAGAAAUUCGGCUCUGCCUGCAGCUUGGACAUGCCUCUCCCCUCGCAAAACAAGAGCUGGGUAGUUUAGCCGAGUGGCACCCCCUCGAGUCCACUGCAGACCCUUCAUUCACCCUGUCACACACAGGGGUUCUGAGUAAGAACAAAUGUUCUGCUGCUCAAGCCAGUCUGACAAACACUCGGCCAAGCCUGGAGAGCCUUCUGGGGAGAGCGUAGAUGGACAGCGUCCUGCUGGGGGACAAGGUGUCUCUAGGGCUGGCCCCCUUGCUGUCUGCUCCUCCUGGCCCCUGGUCAGAUGGCAGCCGGAGUCCCCCAGGACCUGCAGCCUCACCCCGGCGGAAGUCUUUUGUCCAGGAGGCAAAAAGCCAGAGAUUCUACAAGUCAAAUUGAAAGCAAACCAACAAAACACAACAAAAUUCAUGGAAAGAAGACGACUGCUAAGACAUGGCAGCGGGCCCUGGAGAUAGCCUCUGGCUCUGAGCUGCUGCAGGGUCCGCCGGCUUCUCUGCACGUUGCUCAGUUUCCGCCCCUGACACUGGAGCUCACGAGACUCCGUCCUCGUCCUCUUUCUCAGCAGAGCUGUAGCUGACUGCGGCAUUACCACGCCUCCCCACACACCAAGCCCCCAGCUCCAAAAUCCUACUGGCUGCCGCAGAGAAUACCUUUGAACCAAGAUUCUGCUUUAAUCAUCAUUUACAUUGUUUUCUUCCCAAAGGCCCCCUCAUAGACCCUCCCUGACCCACAAACCUGUUAACAUUGUCUUAAGGUGAAAUGGCUGUAAAAUCAGUAUUUAACUAAUAAAUUUAUCUGUAUUCCUCUUUC